AUGGAGCCGCAGGCAGUAUUCAAUGCUUCAGGAAAUUCCUGCGUCCCAGAACUCGAGCAGGUACAGGAGUCGCAACCCAGUGCAGGACCCUAUCCUGAGUUGCAUCCUGGAGGGUUCUCUGCUCCUGUGACAGCGUUGCUGGCCACGCUCAUGGCGCUGCUGGUGCUGACCACAGUGCUGGGCAACGCUCUGGUCAUCCUGGCUUUCGUGGUGGACAGGAGCCUGCGCACGCAGGGAAACUUCUUUUUCCUCAACCUGGCUAUUGCCGACCUGCUGGUGGGCGUAUUCUGCAUCCCACUAUACAUCCCUUAUGUCCUGACCGGAGAGUGGAAGUUUGGGAAGGGGCUGUGCAAGUUGUGGCUGGUGGUGGAUUACCUGGUGUGUACUGCCUCUGUCUUCAACAUCGUCCUCAUCAGUUUCGACAGGUUCAACUCUGUCACCAGAGCGGUGACUUACAGGGCUCAGAAAGGGAUGACGAGAAAUGCUAUCUUUAAGAUGGUCAUAGUAUGGCUAGCAGCUUUUCUCCUUUACGGUCCUGCCAUCAUCUGCUGGGAGUACAUUGCCAGAAAAAGCAUCCUGCCCCGAGGAGAGUGCUAUGCUGAGUUCUACUACAACUGGUAUUUCUUGAUGAUUGCUUCCGCCAUUGAAUUCUUCACUCCCUUCAUCAGUGUCUCCUACUUCAACCUGAGCAUCUACAUCAGUAUCAGAAAGCGCACCCUCCUGAGAACCGACAAUCUGGAUUCCAGUGGAGAGAAUUGUGAAAUGAACCUCCUGGAGAAAAGAAAAGGACAUGUCAUAUUUUUUGUUAAGCCAGCUGAGUGGAAUAGGAACAAGAAGAAAGAUCAUGGUCUCUUCCCUAAUGGGCCCCUAGGUCCCAUGCAUAAUAGCCCCUCCUCCCUGGACAUCCAGGGUACACAAGAUCUGCCUCCACUGCAAAUCGAAAUGAAAACCAAGCCAGGCCAAGUCUAUGAAACCACAGAAAGUAUGUGCAAUGCCACAAGGCACCCAGACAUUGCCAGGACAAUGGCAAACCACCUCCGGCUAUCGCGGGACAAGAGAGUGGCUAAAUCUUUGGCCAUCAUUGUGUGUGUAUUUGGGCUGUGCUGGGCACCUUAUACGCUGCUCAUGAUCAUCAGAGCUAUGUGUCAUGGGAAAUGUGUACAGCAUUUUUUCUAUGAGUUCUCUUUUUGGUUACUUUGGCUAAAUUCAGCCAUUAAUCCUGCUUUAUACCCACUCUGCCACAUGAGCUUUCGGAAAGCUUUCAUCAAACUGCUAUGUCCUGGCAAAGCCAAAAUUCACCCACAUAUUUUUAGGUGAAGAAAAAGGCCAUCUGUGGCUGGGAUCACCAAAAACCUUUAUUUGUCUGUAAAGUGGAGUCCAUGGCAUCCACUUGGUGACUACCAAUCACUCUACUUUUACUCCAGUUUUUUACCAUGGAGACUCUCUAAGCAACAAAAAGUGAAGGCAUCAAAUGAAAAAUACUGCAAGUAUUACU